AUGACCCAACUCUCACUAUGUCUACUGCCGCUGUUGGUGCUCACACUACAAGCCGAGGAUGCACUGCCACCGUGCUUCUUCCCUGAAUCAGAGUCACGCUCGUUUUUCUACGACGUCGACAGCGACGUAGCCCCAUGGACAGCAAUCGCAGAGUCGGUCGUCGACCCGCCUGAUGCUCGUCUUCUUCUGGCCUCCGUCCGACCGGAACACCCCUUGGGGAUCAACUUCACCGAGCGGUUCACGCUGGUGUCGACGCCGCACGGGAGGUUCGCGCUGCAUUCCGUGCUUCCGCUGACCCUUCCGCCGCAGGUCAACCGAACGAAGCUGUUCGUGACCGUCGUCUGCAAUGACGAAGCCUUCCCGCUGUUCACAGUCAGGGUCACAUCCAAGGAUACUGGCAAUCCACAGUUUUAUAACGAGCCUUACUACGUCGACGUCAGCGAGAGCAUCCAGGUCGGCGAGACUGUGAUCACACCAAUUGUGGUCGUCGACUGGCACUCGGAAGAUGCGGUUCCUAAACUUCACAUUGAGGACGCUGACUCUCCAUUUGAAAUCAUCACCGAGCUGACAAAUUCCUCCUCCAAUCCAGUGGUCAAAAUUGGGUAUAACCAGACGACCACACGACAACCUUCGCGUGUACUGCUGAAGCUCGUGAAACCAAUCAAACGCCUACCAUUCACUUUGAGAAUCGUAGCAGGGGAUGUCAACGAUCGUACUCGAAGCACUUCUACAUCGAUACUGAUUAGAGCUAAGCCAAAGGUUGAGGAGCUUCCAAGUGCUCAAGAGAACCAAAAGGUGACAAAACUACCACGCACAGAUGAGGAAGAAACGAUUAUGGAUGACGGAAGUGGUGAAAUUGAAGAAGAACGCAAAAAUAAGCUCAGGAUUGGGCAAGGGCUCAGUAUGGCCUCUGAUGAUGUGGAAACGUCCACUACUCGAACAGAGACUGAAACAGCACAAGAGUCUGAAAAAGAACAAGAAGAUUUGGCUGUAGAAGGAGAGGAGGUGGAGAAAGCUGUCGAAACCGAACGAACUACGGCUACUUCCGCACAGGUGAAGAGAUCCAGGCCAAAUUUAUCAGUUCCAGCUAAUCAACAGCUCCCGAAAGAGUCUGCAUCUUCGGCCCAAAGUUCUGAAAAUGAACAAGAAGAAGACGCAGAAGAAGACAAGGUGGAGAAAGCUACCGGGACCGAAAUCGUUAGAGCCACUUCCACUCAGCCGCCAAGAGCUACAUCGAGGUCAAGCUUGCCAAUUUCAGCUGGAAAAGAGCAACCCAAGGAUUCAGCAUCUAAGACCCCUAAUCUUGAAAAAGAACAAGAAAAGGACAUGGCUGUAGAAGGAGAUGAGGCGGAAAGAGCAAUCAAGCCGGAAUCAGGUGCACCCAGUUCAAAACAGGCACCAAGAACUACAUCGCGGUCAAACUUACCGGUCCCAGCUAAUGAACAACCUCCGAGGGUGCUUGCGUCUCCAACCCGAGGUUCAUUAUCUCUGGCUGAAGAAACUACACAAAAUACAGGCUCUAGAAUAGCUCUUAGCGCGAAAGAAGAUGAAUCUAAACCGGAAAAAGAAGUGCGUUCUAAUGGAUUGGUUUCAUCGACUUCGCCAACUUCAUCCGAGCGAAGAACAACUAGAUCUUUCAAACGCAUCCGGCACAAAAUUGCGCUCCCCAUUGCGAGAGCAGACCCACCAAAAGACCCAGAUGCUACUCGUUUUGAAGAAUGCGCCAUUGCUGUGUCAUUGCCGGAGAAUAGUGAACCAGGAACUUUGGUGACAACUCUACACGUACUAAAUAAGAAAAAGUGGACAAUGAUUGACAUGGUGAACCCAGAUGGGACCUUCCUAAUCCGGCAAGAUACCGGAGAAGUCUUUGUUCGCGACAAUCGCCUUAUGGAUAGGGAACUGUUCAGUCAGCUAGAGCUAGUCGCUGAAAUUCAUGGCUCAAGCCAUAUGACAGAAUGUGCCCGAACUCGCAUCAGCGUGGAACUUCUCGAUGAAAACGACAACAAGCCAGCUUUUGACAGAGAAUCGUAUACAUUCAUCGUAUCGGAUCGGAUUCCUGUAGAAGAAGCUGUGGGAGUGGUUCGUGCGAGGGACAUUGAUGAGGGCUUGGCAGGCAGAGUCACGUACCGCAUCGUCAACGAAUCGGUCCCAUUCAAAAUCCGAAGAAAGGGGAAAGAUGGCGAAAUCAUCACCAAAGAAGAACUCUUUGGUCCAAGAAAAUAUCAUUUGUUAAUAGAAGCCCACGAUAAUGCUCCUCCCUUUCAGUCUUCUCGAAUUUUCGCGAACAUAUUUGUCACCGCCUCUGGAAAGCCGACAACUACUACUACUGUACCUCCUUCGACGGAAACAGCAAAGCGGAAAAGAAUCAACGGAGUUUUAUCUGCUACCUUAGAGCCUCUGGAUCUGAACCUUAUCACGGAACCAUUGAAUGGGAGGGAAGCUUCUGCAGAAGCAAGUUUGAUCAGAUCGUCGAUCGCUUCACCGACUUCGGUAACGAGAGCUUACCGCACACUGAAAAGGAUACUGAGGACAUCUACUAUUGUGACCACUGCUACUUCUCCAGCAAUGACUACUACCGUACCCACCACGACUGCUCCAAGGCCUGUGCAUCCCACAUUAUUGAGCCAUGUGGAUGAUAAGACCAAUAUGGAAGCGAACUCGACGGACACUUCCACGACCUCAACAGAAAGCAGUGAGGACUACUCGAGCAGCGAAUCUGAGGAGGAACCGACCUACAACGGAAACUUUGCAUUCGACGAACCCUCGUACUACUUUGAAGUCUUUGGUCCUCCUAGAGAAGGGGAUAUUCUGGGAAGAGUCGAAGCUAGACCAAGAACGCAGAUGUAUGGCUUGGAAAGAAAUGUCUCUGGUGCCUUCAAAAUUGAUCCCGACAUUGGUGAAAUCUCCGUUGGUCGAACGCUCGGACGUCUUGCGAACGGAAAUCACACUUUCGAGGUUUCUGCCACGGAUGGGCUGCACACGGCUCAGACUGUUGUCACAGUACGUUUGGACACUCGACGUAACAGAAACGAAGCUGUGCCUCGUUUUGAGAAAAGUCGCUACGUUUUUCGUGUAGAGGAGAAUCGACCUCCAUCCGUUGUCGGAGUAGUGAGAGCCUACCACGUAGCCCUAACUUCGGGAGAUAUAUCGCUUCGCUAUGAACUUAUCAAUGACUUUGGGAAUCCUUCGUUGCCCUUCCGUGUUCAUGGGAUUUCGGGUGAAGUGACCACUGAGGCGCCGCUAGACCAUGAAGAGAAGAAAAAUUAUGAAUUCAAGAUCCGUGCUUGUUUGUCUGUGAAUCCAACAAAUUGUGGCUACACUGCUGUCGUCGUCAUAGUAGAUGACCUCAACGACAAUUCGCCCCAGUUCCCAGCCACAGAAGUGCAAAUCUCGCUUCCAAGUGAUCUACCAACUGGCUCCGAUGUCAUCACCCUUCAAGCUACAGACGCGGAUUCGGGGCCCAAUGGCGACGUCAACUAUGCGAUCAGUCCUCCUAGUGAAGUGUUCGGUAUCGACUACCACACCGGUGUUGUGCAAACAAUCGCUCCCCUGACCGAAUCCCUGUAUGAGGUUGAGGUUGAAGCCUUUGACCAUGGAGACCCAAAACGAACAGAAGUUACGAAGCUGAUCAUUUUUGUGCAUGGCACGAAUCCUUCGGCUCCUGUAUUUGAUGAGAAACGAUACGAAGUUACCGUAACCUCUCCAGUUCGAGCCGGCUCAGUAGUUGCAAAAAUGCAUGCGAAGGAUCCUGAUCCGGGCCUAGAGGGACAAAUCACAUAUAGGUUCGAUACAACGGAUAGCCGGAAUCAGGCACAUACAAGGAAAUUUUCGAUCAACGAACAGACCGGUGUUGUUUCCGCUAUAGAGCCUCUAACAGCAAACGAUGGACCAUUCGAUUUGGUUGUGAUCGCGGAAGAUCAAAGUACUAUUUACAAACGAAAGACUACUGCAAUUCUUCAUAUCGAAAUAGUGGGAGACACAUCGUUACGGUUUCUUCCGCUACCCUCCACUAUUUACAUCUCAACGGAAAAAGCUGUUGGAAGUGUAGUUCUGAGAGCCUCUGCCUUUACUGCCUCGUCAAUGCCCGUGCAUUUCCGAAUUCUUGAGGAUGGUGCUCCUUUCGUGAUGGAUGGCGAUCUGCUCAGAGUGGCCUCACAUUUGUCUCCGGGCGAAACUAAUCUGACCGUUCGGGCUGAGACUGAUAAUGCUCAUUCGGAUCAUCGGCUCAAAGUGGUGGUGAUGUACGAUAGGGAUAAGUACCCAGUCUUCCCGCAACUUACCUACGACAUUGACAUCCCCAUAGACUCUGUCUUUCCACUUACUGCUCACCGAUUUGAUGCUCAACUUCUGAACGGUACACUUAUGUACCGUUUCUUCCCAGACGGCACAGCUCCAGUAGGCCUCUCCAUACAUCCAAAUUCGGGCGAACUCAUCGUAGAUUCCGUGUAUGCUAACACCCCCUCGAACCAUGACACUCAGUUUGUUGUAGUUCGGGCGAUAAAUUUGAAUUACCCGGAAUUUUACUCAGAUGUUGGGGUUGCUAUAAGCCUUGUCUCCAGCAAAUCUCUCCGUUUUCCACAAAGCAUUUACCGAAUGCAACUUAUCGAAAACACACCGAUAGGCACCGCCCUUUACCCACCGCUUGAGGUUUUCCCUAAAUCACCCGGUGUGACCUACACUAUCAAUCCUCCCACACCUCUCAGCAUUCUGUCGAAUGGCACACUCGUGGUCAACUCUGCCGUCGAUCUGGAACAAUUGCCAGUUGACCAAAGCAGCAGUUUGCACUUCAUCAUCACUGCGACCUCGGAUGAUGCCAAAGCAGCCGCGAAAUUGCAGUUGAAGAUCAAAGAUGUCAAUGAAUUCGCACCGGAGUUUGAGAGUGCUCUUUACGAAGCAUCGGUACCCGAGGACGCCGUCCCCGGAAGUGUGAUCACGCAGGUACGAGCCUCGGAUGCCGACGGAUCUGACGGAACACAUCUCCUCUACAGAAUCGCUGGUGGAUCUGGUCGAGAACUGGUGUUCAUACAAGAAGACGGCACAUUGAUUUUGGGUGAUUACGCUUUGGAUCGAGAGACUCUGAAACAAUUUGAUGUGAUCGUGGAAGCCAUUGAUAACAGCGGAAACAAAGAUUCAACAACGGUCCGGGUAACGAUCGAAGACCGUAAUGACAACGCUCCCGUCUUUGAACAUACUGAUUUGGUGUGGAACGUCACCGAAGGAUCACGAGAUGCCACAUUAGAGAUUGUCGCAACGGAUGGGGACACUGGAAGAAACGGAGAGGUUCACUUUCGAUUGAUUGGCGGUAAUCAGGAGCUUUUCCUGAUCAAAGGGAAGACACCGCACAGUGCUGUUCUCAAGCUCAAUGGUCCCCUCGAUCAUGAGACUCAAGCUACGUAUGACCUUACCGUCGAAGCGAGGGAUGGAGGAAAUCCACCGAAGUCAAGUACCGCUGUGGUCAGAGUGAACGUCAUCAAUCGCAAUGAUAGUCCUCCAUUCUUCAAGAAAAUAAACUACGAACAAGAAGUCCCAUCGAACCUUCCUGUUGGCUAUCCGAUACUUACCCUGUCGGUGAAUGAUGCCGAUCGCGAUCGUGUGUCUUUUUCGGUGCUCGGGGACAAGAGAUGCUCUUCAUUUGCGGUUGAUCCCAAUGGUGUCGUUUCCUUCUCAAAACCAGAGUCCAGCAGAAGUGUUGGAGAAGUUACCUGCAUUAUCUCUGCCACUGACGGGGUUCACACGUCGAAUGCUACACUGAGGCUGAAUAUCUCCGAUGCACAGCAACCGACUAUAAAAACUCCCCAGAAGAACCACCCUCCACGAUUCGCAAGUGAAAUCUAUACGGUUACGGUAACACCCGAUAAGGAUGGCCAAGUGCUGAAGAAGGUGCGCGCCACCGAUCCCGACGGUGACGCUAUCAGCUACUCGAUCGAACCUCCAGAAUUCAGGAACCUUUUCAGUGUGGAUGCUGAGGGUCGAAUCACCGCCCGAGUUCCAAUAGGCGAGCUCAAGCAAGCAAUGUAUAGCUUCCUCGUGAUCGCCGAAGACGACGGCAAUCCUGUGAUGACAUCUUUCACCAACAUCCGAGCUAAAGUGCCUGAGAACGAAAACCACGUUGUGACUGCGAAUUCGCUGGAAGGCUCUGCCACUGUAGUCACAGAUACACCUAUCACCCGGUCUUCAUCAGGCCGUUCAAAACCUACCGUCAGCCAAACAAAAAGCCCUACUAAUGUCCAAAGCAGCAGAACCACGAUGAGUUGGGUGAAUAUUCGACCGAGUAUGUCUACAACGACGUCACCCAUUGAAAGCACUGAAGCAGCUAUCUCAUUCAAACGUCGAAAAUACACAUAUGCUAUACGCACCGACUCGCCUGUGGGUACGUACCUUGGACAAGUUGAAGUGAACAACAAAGAUGAUGUCGGAUUGGUGUUCGAAAAUACCAGGCAGUUUGAAUUUGACAAAGAUGGAUGGAUUCGUUCUGCUAGUCUUUUCUCUUCCCCUGACAGAAUUCAAGACAAUAUUUUGGCUAUAAAGGACGAAGAAGUAGUUGCCACAGUUCCAUUUGUGGUUCACAUUCUUACCCCUGAAAUGCUGGGCCAUUCCACUUCACCAAAACCAUCUACAACUGUAAGGACUACCAUGGCAACGGAAACUAGUGUAGAGACUUCAGAAUCCGAGAUCGAUGUGCCGGAUCUUACCACCAUAAAAAGUGUUUCUGUCAUAACCUCGCGAACGACGGAGCAGCCUUCUACAGCUGAGGAUUUCACUUCUUCCUCUCCUUCGCCCAUCCCAGCAGGAGAUGCUCAGCUAUCAUCAACCGAAGAAUCGGCAACCUUUCCAUCCUCUCACCCUACCGAUACAUCCGAAGAAUCCCACUCCUCCUCUGAGCCAAUUUUCGUUCGAACGAAAUUUCCACCGCUUCAAAUUACCGAGGUUACAACCGUAAAAGUACAGCGUAGCACAUCAGAAGCCGAAGCAACUACGGAAGCUGGCAUGUUUGCCUUCAAAAGGUCCAUGUAUUUCGCAUUUGUACCUGAGGGCCAGUAUAGUAAUGGAAUCCGUCUUUCUGUCAAGCCAGAACCAUUGUCGGUCAACAGAGACACUGAAGUAAAGUAUGAAAUCGACGAAAAUACGCACAACAUUCCGUUUUUCAUCACUACUGACGGUCAACUCGUCGUUUUUGACGUCGAUAGAGAAAAGAAGUCUUCUUACAUGUUUGGAGUAAAGGCGACCAGUCCCGAAUUUGGAGAAGCUAGGACUACUAUAAAUGUGACAAUUCUCGACACGAAUGACAACUAUCCCAUAUUUGCCGAAUCUCCGUCAGCACUAGGAAUUUACAAGGACAUCGCCGUUGGCACUCCACUUUUCCACUUCAAUGCUCAAGACAAAGAUGCUGACAACUAUGGUGCCAUCACUUAUGGAUUAGAGGAACCAGAAAGCCCUUUCGAAAUCAAUCCUGAUGACGGUACGCUCUACAUCGCACAUGCGCUCGAUUCUACUCCCGAAUACUCGUUGACUGUUUUUGCACGCGAUAAUGGGAGACCUUCACUGAAAUCAACUCAAAGAGUAAUUAUCAAUGUGUUUGAUCCAUCAGUCGACACCCCUCAAUUCCAAAAAGAGCAGCCAGAAAGUGUCGUAUUCUUUGGAACACCACCAAAUUCAGAAGUUGCUACCAUUUUGGCGGGACCCACCCUCAACACCAAACCAGACCAGGAAAGGAUACUGUACAAUCUUGAGAAUAACUAUGGUGGCUUAUUCGCGAUAGAAGAUGGAGGACGAGUGAUUCUUGCACGUAAACCGACCGAAGACGAAGUGGAUCGCUAUGUUCAGCUGAACAUAACGGCUGAAAAUAGUCAAGGAACGGACUGGACAACAUUGAACGUGUUCCUCGAGGGCAACAACUCCACAACCACCUCUACGCAAAAACCUACGGACAAUUCAAAAUGCUACUUCCCUACAAAACUCUAUACCGCCGAAAUUAUGGAAAACUUAUCCGGCAGAAGAAAGCUAACCAAGGUUACAUCAAACUGUGAGAUGGAGGGUCGCCCGUACAGUUAUUCUUUCGUUUAUCCAACUCAACAAUUCGAGUUGAAUCCCAAGACUGGUGAAAUAUCUGUGAUACUUCCACUGGAUCGCGAAGAACGCACUUAUAAUUUCCUCUAUAUAGACGUCUCUAGCGAAGAUGAGAGUACUCCUAAGCGUGUCGUAAGAGAAAAUCCAAUAAUCAAAAAUGCGCAGGCGAAGUUGAACUACUCACAGACCUUGGUAGUCGUACGAGUUCUUGAUGAGAACGACAAUGCCCCAGCCUUCUUACAUGGAGCAGAUGACGACGACUCCUUGGUUGCUGUGGUCGAUUGGCAAGCUCGACUAUUCAGCCCUGUCAUUCGGCUAGAGGCCAAAGAUGCAGAUGAACACGCACAGCUAAGCUACUCCUUAUCCGGUACAAACUCGGAUUACUUUGCCGUGAACGCAACGUCUGGCCUAGUCGUGCUAGCGAAGUUAAUCUUGGAUUACACCGGAGAUUCGUUUCAACUCACUGCCACCGUUACCGAUGGUAUACAUAUCGUACCUACGCCGCUCAGAAUCUACGUAAUUUCACCAUCAUCAUCGCUUGUGCAACUCACUUCCGAGGUUCCCCAUUCCAUGAUUGAUCAGCGCAAUGUGGAGCGAAUGUUGAACGAGCUCAAUGGUCUGGAUAACCGUCUUCUUAUCAAGCAGCCUUUCGUUGACCAGCAAGGUCAUGCAGAUCCCAAAAGAUCACAUCUUUUUGUGUACGCUUUGGAUAAAAAGACAAGGAUACCGUACCUGAAAGAGGAUCUCGCCAAAGUCCUGGAACACCAUGCAGCUUCACUCCUUUCAUCGCCUUCCAAAAUCUCCGAAGUGUCUCUGCUCUCCCCUCCGGCUACCCUCUCGGCUUUCGAUCUUACCCUUGCUAUUCUAUGCAUUUUGCUCGUUCUUCUCCUUCUUGCUGCUUGCUGCAUCCUAACCUCCUACUGUAAAAAGAGGCGAGCCAUUGCUACGAGCGAUCGUGAGUAUAUGGUAUCCACUUUAGGUGGUCCUCGUCCCUAUGACGUUGAGGAGGUGACCCGAACCACUGCCCAGAGGGUGUUAUCGGCACGACCUUUACCCGAACCGAUGACCAACCAGAUUGAAGUAGCUGUUUCUCCAAUUUUUGUCGGAGAAAUGACAAACAAAUCUGAUACAACUCAAGCAUUUUCUAAUAGCAUCAGGGAAAGACCAUCAUUGCUUCAAAGUGCCUUAGCGAGGCAAAAAGUCCACGCUGCUGAUGUAAAGCCAAUGAAAUCCCAACAAGAUUAAACUCCUCCAUAACGUUCUUCCUUUAAAACGGGUCAUAUACAAAGUGCAGAUUAUAUGUUCUCAAGCUCAAAAUAUACUCCGAUCAUUUCACUGUGUCCUUUUUCUCGGUGCUCACCUAUUCUUCGCUUACUUUUGAUAAUGUCACCUAUAUUUCGCUUACAUUUGAAAAUGCCCUUGCAUUAAAU